UUGUGGAUGUCGGGUAGCGGGAGGGAAGGAAGGAAGGACCGGGAAGCGGUUGGAUUGGAUGUGUAUGGCUCCAGCGGACCAGGUCUGCGCAGCGUCCUCUCUCCUCUGUAACAGCCUUACACGACGACACUGUUUUUUGUGAAACGCCAUAACCAAAGCGCGGCUGCUUCCUCAAUUUCUGUUGUCGUUUUUUUGGCUCACUCACUCCUACCGCCAUCAACCUCACCCUUCCCUUCUCUGACAUCAUUACCAUUACACCAGAAGAAAAAAAAUUCCCUCUCUCUCUCUUCCCUCCGUUUCUUUCUUAAUUGUUUGUUGCUUUUUAUAUAAAACCGCUUGCCUUUCCCACUCAUUCACCGCCACUUCUCGAAAUUUCUUGCUCCGGGCUCUGCUCACCCGUCCUUUUCUCUUUAUUCGGUUCAAAUCUCUCUCCCUCUCUGCAUGAACUUUCUGGACCCUCCAGCGUCCGCGAGCUCUCAAAUUCACCUCUCUCUCUCUCUCUCUCUCUCUCUCUCUCUCUCUCUCUCUCUCUCUCUCUCUUACGUUUAUAUAUAAUAUAUAGAUAUAUAUACAAAGCUAUCGUAUAUUGCGGUUCUUCCAUUUCAUGGCGAUUUCAGAUUCGCCUGAGACCAUAGGCAUCACAGGCACCAGCACGAGCCCUCUCACCGACUCGGAUCUCACCCACACCCUCCGACGCAGGCCCGCCGCCGCCACAACCGUACCAAGAGAUGUAGCCGAUUCCGGCUCCAGGACCGACGAAGACGACAGUACGUUGAACGAUUUGGUCAGAGACUCCGGCAGUGACGACUCGGUGACCGCCAAGAUCUGCGAACCCGGCGAUAACGUUCGUAUUGGAGGCUCGGAAGCUUCUAUGGAUUCGGUCAAUGCUGUCCAAGACAAUAAAGGACUCGGCGAAAAUGAUCGAGGCGGCGAUCCUUCGGCUGUGAAAUUCGCGUAUCGGCCUUCGGUUCCAGCUCAUCGAAGAGUCAAAGAGAGCCCUCUCAGCUCUGAUGCCAUCUUCAGACAGAGCCAUGCAGGUCUCUUCAACCUGUGUAUAGUAGUGCUUGUUGCUGUAAACAGCAGGCUUAUCAUCGAGAAUUUAAUGAAGUAUGGUUGGUUAAUUAAAACUGGUUUUUGGUUUAGUUCAAGAUCAUUGCGAGAUUGGCCCCUUCUUAUGUGCUGCCUUACUCUUCCAAUUUUCCCACUUGCCGCCUUUGUAGUUGAGAAGUUAGCCCUGCAAAAGUCUAUAUCUGAACCUGCUGUUGUUUCUCUUCAUAUGAUCAUUACCACAACUUCAAUUUUGUAUCCGGUUUUGGUGAUUCUCAGGUGCGAUUCUGCUGUUUUAUCUGGUGUUACGUUGAUGCUCUUUGCUUGCAUCGUGUGGUUAAAGCUCGUUUCUUAUGUGCAUACAAACUAUGACAUGAGAGCGCUUGGCAAAUCAACUGAAAAGGGGGAUGCCGUCCCCAGUUCUUCAAAUACGGAUAUCCCUCACAAUAUUGGCUUAAAAAGUUUGGCGUACUUCAUGGUUGCUCCAACAUUAUGUUAUCAGACUAGUUACCCUCGUACAGCAUGUGUUCGAAAGGGUUGGGUGUUUCGUCAACUUGUCAAGUUGAUAAUUUUUACUGGACUGAUGGGAUUUAUAGUAGAACAAUACAUUAAUCCUAUUGUCAAGAAUUCACAACAUCCUUUGAAGGGGAACCUUUUAUAUGCAAUAGAGAGGGUUUUGAAACUUUCUGUUCCCAAUUUAUACGUGUGGCUAUGCAUGUUCUAUUGCUUUUUCCACCUCUGGUUAAAUAUUCUUGCUGAGCUGCUUUGUUUUGGUGAUCGAGAGUUCUAUAAAGAUUGGUGGAAUGCAAAGACAGUUGAGGAGUAUUGGAGAAUGUGGAAUAUGCCUGUUCAUAAAUGGAUGGUUCGCCAUAUCUAUUUUCCAUGCCUACGGCAUGGAGUGCCAAAGGGAGUUGCCAUUGUAAUCGCCUUCCUAGUAUCUGCUGUAUUUCACGAGGUACCGCUUGUCUUGAUCACAAAUUACCUGCAAGAUAAAUUCAGAAACUCGAUGGUUGGAAAUAUGAUCUUCUGGUUCAUCUUUUGCAUCCUUGGUCAGCCUAUGUGUCUACUUCUAUAUUACCACGACUUGAUGAAUCGGAAAGGGAAAGCUGAAUAAGAUUUUGACUCCCCUAUCUCAAGGUGUGGAUCGAGUUGUUCUGGAAGCGACUUUCUCUGCUCCCAGUGAUUGAUCAUUUGUCAGUGUCGCUGCUUCCUUUGCAAUGUUUUCAUGAUCCAUACGUUUUUCAUUACGCAUAUUUCUGGUUAAUUCAGUUGAUUUUAUAUAAACUUUUGAAAUAUCGUUAUCAAACAGUGAGUAGCGCCACAACUGUAUUACCUGGUUUAGUUUUUCUGGUAUAUAAUUAGAUGGGAAAUUUGUAAAUGCUUCAGGUUCGAUCAGGUUACGCCUUCAUUAUCAUCUUCCCUGUUUAUCUCCUAUAAAAUAUAGGUAUGUUUUUGUUUCGAUGUUACAACUAAUUGUGGAGAAAGAAAAGUAAGAAAAGUAUAUAACGAUUAUCAUCUUAAAUGCCAUUUUUAUUGUAACAAUGUUCU